AAAAACGCGAGCCGUAGAGAAAGCAGGAAGCAGACCAUGUGUUUCACUUAAAAUACGCUGUUUGUGUUUCCAGUGUGAUUUUCACAGGAGACACGUGAAGGCAUCUGAAUCAUGAUAACGCCAGCAUUCGAAGUGAGUCAGGAUUCAGAUUUCCUCAUUCUGAUAAUCCGUGUACCCUACACAAGAACAUCAGAGUUUGAUAUCUACAUCCAGGAAGAGGACUUCAAGUUUUAUGCCAAGCCUUACUUUCUCAGGUUGACACUUCCUGGGAGAAUAGUAGAAGAUGGCCGAGAGCGAGCUUCAUUUGAUAUCGAUAAAGGUCUCUUCACACUACAUGUCCCUAAAGAGACUGCUGGAGAACACUUUGAAGGGCUAGAGAUGCUCACCAGUCUCUUGGCUCCCAAGGGAUCGAGAUCAGCCCAACCUCUGGUGGAGGACACAGGUGAAGGGGUCUGUGGUGGAGGAGCUUCAGGGGCGUGUGAGGAGGAGGAGGAUAAUGAAGAGGAGGAGGAGGAGUUUGAUUGGCAGAUAGAACAAGAGGUUUACAAUGAACCCCCAGAGGGGACUUUGAAUGAAUACCACAAAUAUGGAUUUGGAAACCUCAGAUCGGGUGUGUUCACCAGACUGCAAGACGAAUUGAGCGAAGUUAUUGAUCUGAAGGACCCAGACAGCACCGCUCCUGAAGUCAGGAGAUCCGAUCGACUAGACGCAGAGACCAACAUAUUUUGUUCUGACCACUAUUUCGUAAGCCUGUACGAGGACAAGGAGGUGAUAGACACAGUGCUGAAAUUUAAGCCAUGGUGGAGAGAACUGGACCCGGGCCCAUCAGAACACACUGAUACCUUUACUUUCACAGAAGAAGAAAAAGAGCAGAUGAGGAAAUUCACGAACCGUUCAUUCCUCCUCGAUAAGAAAGCACGAUUCCACGUUUGGCUCAGUUUGGUGGACAUCAUACUAGCGUAUAUCUAUGACGUGCGCACUACGGAGGGAGAGCACAACGUAGAGUCGGCUUGGACCAUCAGGAAACUCAGCGGUACCCUUAGCUGGUUUGAGACCUAUCACUCGAUACAAGAUGUGUUGGUGUCUUUCGGCAGAAGGUCUUUGUGUUACCCUCUCUAUCGUCAUUUCUCUCUCAUCACAAGCGCAGUGAAAGACGCGGCUCGUAUUUUUCAAUCUGGGAAAGCUUGCGUCCUGAAAUGCCUGCUGGCCAUCCAUAAGAUAUUCCGAGAGAACGAUCCGGCGUAUAUCCUAAACGAUCUCUACAUCACCGACUACUGCAUCUGGAUCCAAGGGGUUAAAAACAAACAUGUGAUCGCCCUGGCUGAGCCUCUAUGUAACGCCAAACUGCAGAAGAGCCAUCUAGACCUGGAGCUGGAGAUACUGGAGCAAGCAGCUGAACUCGUAGUGAAAGAGGAAGAGGAAAAAGAGGAUGAAGAGGACUCGGCCAGUGACGACAGCUCAGAGGAAGAGAGUGAGGAUGAGCAAGUGGAUGACAGCGCCGUCACCCAGCAUAAAGAAAGCACAGAUACGGGGGAACCCAGGGGGAAUGGCAUGGUUCCAAAAGGAGAUGCAAUGACUGAAGAUCUCCAGCUUCUGUGCGGAGACGGAGAGCCACGUGAGCCCAGGCGGAUGAUUGAGGAGCUGGGAGAGAGGUUGGAGGAGGGGCUCAGAAUCGAGGAGGAUGUGCCUCGGGAAACAGAUCGUAUUAGCAUCAGAAACGCAGACGGAGAGAGUGGGGGAGAGAGAGACAAUCACCAGCGUGCAGCAGGGAUGGAAAGUGAAGCAAGGAAUACAGCAAAAAGUAGAGAGCUACCGAAUCGGAAGAAUCCACUGCGUGUCAUAACAACUGAGGGUUUGGACAGUGAUGAUGAUGAAGUUGACAUAGUAGAAAAUGAAGGACAUUAAACUUGGACAAACUCUGAUUCUUCCUUUACACACGGACUAAUGGAUGUAUCCUUAAAUCUAUCGAGGAGUUUGCGCUUUUUUAUGGUUCAUUUUGACUUAUUUGUGGUAUCUUCACAACUGUUUGUUUGAUUGGAGAUGCUGUUGUUCUAUCGCUGUAUGUUUGUGUAAUUCUGGCAAGUGUUGUAUUAAAAAGUUUUUUUGCAUUUCUA